AGUUAAACAGUUGAAACUGAUGCCAGAAGCCCAAUGUCAACACUGGAGCCAAGCAGAGACCGCCCUCGGUGCCAUAUUCAGAGGGCUUGAAGACCAUCUUCAUGUGAAGACUCCCUCUCCUCCAGAACCACAACGUGACCAUCCUUCCAGGAUGAUUUUAUUCAACCGAGUGUGUUAUUUUGUUUCCUUGUUUGCUACCGUUUCCUGUGGGUGUAUGACUCAACUGUAUAAAAAUACCUUCUUCAGAGGUGGGGAUCUAGCUGCCAUCUACACCCCAGAUGCCCAGUACUGUCAGAAGAUGUGCACAUUUCACCCCAGGUGCCUGCUGUUCAGCUUUCUCGCUGUGACUCCACCCAAAGAGACAGAUAAACGGUUUGGUUGCUUCAUGAAAGAGAGCAUUACAGGGACUUUGCCAAGAAUACACCGGACAGGGGCCAUUUCUGGUCAUUCUUUAAAGCAGUGUGGCCAUCAAAUGAGUGCUUGCCACCGAGACAUAUACAAAGGACUUGAUAUGAGAGGGUCCAACUUUAAUAUCUCUAAGACCGACAAUAUUGAAGAAUGCCAGAAACUGUGCACAAAUAAUAUUCACUGCCAAUUUUUCACAUAUGCUACAAGUGCAUUUUACAGACCAGAGUACCGGAAGAACUGCCUGCUGAAGCACAGUGCAAGUGGAACACCCACCAGCAUAAAGUCAGUGGACAACCUGGUGUCUGGAUUCUCACUGAAGUCCUGUGCGCUUUCGGAGAUAGGUUGCCCCAUGGAUAUUUUCCAGCACUCUGCCUUUGCAGACCUGAAUGUAAGCCAGGUCAUCACCCCCGAUGCCUUUGUGUGUCGCACCAUCUGCACCUUCCAUCCCAACUGCCUUUUCUUCACAUUCUACACGAAUGAAUGGGAGACAGAAUCACAGAGAAAUGUUUGUUUUCUUAAGACGUCUAAAAGUGGAAGACCAAGCCCCCCUAUUCCUCAAGAAAACGCUAUAUCUGGACAUAGUCUCCUCACCUGCAGAAAAGCUCGCCCUGAACCCUGCCAUUCCAAAAUUUACUCUGGAGUUGACUUUGAAGGGGAAGAACUGAAUGUGACCUUCGUGCAAGGAGCAGAUGUCUGCCGAGAGACUUGUACAAAGACAAUUCGCUGCCAGUUUUUUACUUACUCCUUACUCCCCCAAGACUGCAAGGAGGAGGGGUGUAAAUGUUCCUUAAGGUUAUCCACAGAUGGCUCCCCAACUAGCAUCACCUAUGGCGUGCAGGGGAGCUCCGGUUAUUCUCUGAGAUUGUGUAAACUUGUGGACAGCUCUGACUGUACAACAAAAAUAAAUGCACGUAUUGUGGGAGGAACAAACUCCUCUUUAGGGGAGUGGCCAUGGCAGGUCAGCCUGCAAGUGAAGCUGGUAUCUCAGACCCAUUUGUGUGGAGGGUCCAUCAUUGGUCGCCAAUGGAUACUGACAGCUGCCCAUUGCUUUGAUGGGAUUCCCUAUCCAGAUGUGUGGCGUAUAUAUGGUGGAAUUCUUAGUCUGUCCGAGAUUACGAAAGAAACGCCUUCCUCGAGAAUAAAGGAGCUUAUUAUUCAUCAGGAAUACAAAGUCUCAGAAGGCCAUCACGAUAUUGCCUUAAUAAAGCUUCAGACGCCCCUGAAUUAUACUGAAUUCCAAAAACCAAUAUGCCUGCCUUCCAAAGCUGACGCAAAUACAAUUUAUACCAACUGUUGGGUGACUGGAUGGGGCUACACGAAGGAACAAGGUGAAACGCAAAAUAUCCUACAAAAGGCUACUAUUCCUUUGGUACCAAAUGAAGAAUGCCAGAAAAAAUACAGAGAUUAUGUUAUAAACAAGCAGAUGAUCUGUGCUGGCUACAAAGAAGGCGGAACAGACGCUUGUAAGGGAGAUUCCGGUGGCCCCUUAGUCUGUAAACACAGUGGACGGUGGCAGUUGGUGGGUAUCACCAGCUGGGGUGAAGGCUGCGCCCGCAAGGACCAACCAGGAGUCUACACCAAAGUUUCUGAGUACAUGGACUGGAUAUUGGAGAAGACACAGAGCAGUGAUGUAAGAGCUCUGGAGACAUCUUCAGCCUGAGGAGGCUGGGUACCAAGGAGGAAGAACCCAGCUGGCUUUACCACCUGCCCUCAAGGCAAACUAGAGCUCCAGGAUUCUCAGCUGUAAAAUGUUGAUAAUGGUGUCUACCUCACAUCCGUAUCAUUGGAUUAAAAAUUCAAGUGUAGAUAUAGUUGCUGAAGACAGCGUUUUGGUCAAGUGUGUUUCCUGCCUUAAGUCACAGGAGCUCCAAUGGGAACUAUACAAAGAUCACCAAGCUUUUUAGGAAAUAAAAUGGUCAAAGGGUUUUAUUAGGUAAUGAAAUGUCUAGAUGUGAUGCAAUUGAAAACAAGACCCCAGAUUCUAGCACAGUCCUUGAGACCAUUCUCAUGUAACUGUUGACUCUGGACCUCAUCAGAUCUCAGAGUUACCUGUCCACUUCUGACAUUUGUUUAUUAGAGCCUGAUGCUAUUCUUUCAAGUGGAGCAAAAGACUAAGAAAGAGGUAGAAAUCUUUGUAACAUUUCAUUUAGAAUAAAAAGAUUCUCUACUUGAACCUGAUGGGACAUCUAAACCACCUUUCUGGCCAUUGCUGCAGAGUUCUGCAUGGUCAUGACUGCAUGAGGUUUCCUACCCCUGGAGCAGAGCCAGCUGGGAAUGAGGGUUGCUUGUAUAAACUUCAUGUUCCUCCCUCAGGAAAUAUUCUCUCUGCCUAGGUUUUUGGGGAAUAUCCUCUCUGCCAGGACAGCCCUUAAGACUGUGGGAAAGAACUCUUAAAACAUAAGUUCAAGAAUAUAUAAUUUCUCAGCUAUGUAAAAUAUAAAGAUACAAUAUGAAUUGUAUAAGGAGAUUCACGGACCUAAAAGAACAAAAGCAGCUGCACUAUGAGCCAGAUUGUCAGAAAGAUACUACUGAAGGAGAUAAAGAGAUAAAGAGACUUAGGGAGUGGUGAUAACAAGGCAAGAUCCCACUCAGCUAAGUUUAUUAUUUGUGCUUACAUAGGCAGGCAGAGUUCUGAGUUCAAGAUCAGCCUGGGACAGAACUAGUUUAGACCCAGGGGUGGUGGGGAUCCCACCUAGCUAGCUUGUUGUCUAUGCUAAGAAAGACAGGCAGGUCUCUGAAUUCAUUUGACAUGUUUAAAAAAAAAAGUACCUGAUGUCUUUUCUUAAGAAUCAAGAGGCUAGAGUCAUGGAAUGCUGAUUCAUGGGUUAAUCAAAAGGGAAUCUAGAGUAAGUGACUGAGUUGAUAUGUAAAGAAAAGACUGGGCUUUGGUCUGCAAGAGCUGAGCUACCUGGAUGCGCUGUCUGGAGAUCUCUGUAGAGCGGAGUACUAGUCUCUACUUUGUUUUAGAUUUUUUUUUUCUAGUAGCUACUCACAGAGAACUGCUUAGAGAAUGAAAUGAACAUUGCUAUUUUAGUUGGUUUUUUUUUUCUUUUAGAAAAUCCAAGAAUAUUUUAUAGCAGCUUCUCUGACUCUGGUCAGAAAACCCAUGAGCUAUCCAGAGAGCUUUUGGAUUUUUUUUUCCUAGCAAGAGAAAGAUGUCUCAAGAAUAGACAGCUGUCUCAAGCCAAAGAGCUGCCUUGAGCAGAAAGCUAUCUAAUCAGACUGCAAAGCCAAGAGCUAUCUGCAGAAAGCUGUCUAGGGAGCCAUCUCCAGCAGACUACAAGGCUGUCAGCUUGCACCCCAUCAUGUCUUUGAGUUGUUUCUUUCACCGCUCCCAGACACCCCUUCUCGCAGGAACCUCUCUCCAAGCCAAGGUUGGUCCUGGGCACCUUGCCACAUGGUCUUGGCUACAGAUGUGUGUAAGACCUGUAAGGCUAUAUUUUUCUUCUCGUGUGCAGCUCUUGCAAUAGGCCUAUCACACAGUACUCAUACAGGGCAAGCAAUCUGAUGAGGAUCUCCUGGGGAACCCUCGGGGUUCAGUUGAUGCUGUAUUCUGCAAUAGUAAUUCAUGUAAUGUCAUUGGGUAUAAAGUGUUGUAUAAAAUUCAAGCUUCCAAUUGAGUUGAAAGUAAAAAGCAAUCUUGGAAUGGAUGCCGUUAAUCCUCGUGCAAGACACACUUCCAGCUUCCCAUUGAUUCGUAAAGUGGGUCAUCUGUGUUUAACUCCAUUUAGUUAACCUGGUUAAUAUUUAGGCAGAAUUAGCCAUUUACCAACUACUGUGAAAGUUAAACAGACAAAUAGAAAAGUGAAAUUUCCCAAAGAUUAAACUUUUCCUUGCAUAUUUAAAGGCUUGUUGAGUAGUGCAGAGGGUUAAAUAUGGAAGAUCCUGUGGGUUAUCUACAGAAUUCACCAUAGGAAGUGUAAGAGGUGGAAGCAAAUGGCUUUGGAAAAAUCUUCCAAGCACACAACUUCAACUUUUAAUUUUGUACACCAUUUCAUCUUAAUCUGUGUGGCAGUUGUUUUAUAUUUAAAAAGAAAGAAGUGAAAAUCUUGUAUUUCAAGGUUUCAUAUUGAUAACCCUAACAGGUAUUUACACAAGGUGCCACAGUGCUUACUGGGUAAACCUUGGGCUUUGGUUUCUCAAGGAAUGACCUCAUUUGAGCUAAACAGAGUUUUGAAAUGAGGGAUUUCCCUAUGGCAUAAAGUACCAUGUUAACGUUGCCAGCUGGAGUCCAGCUGAGCUGGAAUGCUCUGUUUAUUUUUCAUUGUGUGUUCCUGCACAAAGUAGCCAGUCUUCCACUCGAAGCCUUAAGAGGCUGAGAAAAUGAGAGGGUCGGAUAACAUCACUUUUACAAGGCAAAAUGGAGGCAGGAGGCCCUAGAUCUUUGGCAGGUCCAUCCAAGAAAGGGAGUGUCACCUCUGGAAUGGAAGAGUGCCAGCCCUGUUCUUCCUGGGCCGCACAUGGAGAGCACACAGCACACCACUCACACUUCUAGAGCUCAACUGGAAGCUCAAAGGGCUGUCUGAUCUUUAUCUAUUUUUUCUUUCUUGUAGUUCUUGCUUAUGUCUACCAGCCCUACAAACUGUCAGCAACUCUGAAGGAUGCUCUUGCAUCUCUGUCUCUCUCUUUCAUCAGUACUUCAUGUGAAUAGGAAUGUGGCAAAUAGGAGAGAUUUGGGUUUGCUGUUAUUAUUUUUGUUGCUGUGUAUGCAUAAUUGCCUGCCAUGUGGGUGCUGGUGCCUGACACCAAUGGAUCAAAAUGUAAAUUCUGAACAACUACCUUCUAACAAAAUAAAAUAGAGUAGUCAA